ACUCAAAGCACUCAGUAAAUACUCGUAUUUACUCAUUUCGGUGAGUAAAAACGAAUACUAAUAAAAUAUUUAAUAAAAAUGAUAUUUAAGAACUUGUAACUUUUUACUUUGAAAAUAUGGAACUUAAGUCGUAUCUAUGUUAUAGAUAAGUUCAUGUCGCAAGCUGAUUCGCAUAUUUUACAGUUGUUAUAGUUAACAAGUUGUUUAUGGAAAAAAUAAACUACCACAAAAAUACUUUUCAAUAUUAUAGCGCUUAUCUGAUAGCGUGGCGAUUGUUAGCUAAAUAAUAUUAGUGAAUAAAGAACAUGGAAAUAAUGACCAUGAAGGGUCAAACUGCGAACAAAAGACCUAGUUUGUGGCUUGGGCUUAAACUACAUUCUCUAUUACAAUUGUCUAAGGCAUGGACAUUUUUAUUAUAAAUAGACUGAUUUUUAAAAGGGUUAUAUGGUGUCACAGAGAGAACAAAAGAUGCUUCGGCCAGCUGAUUGUGCGGAUUCCAUAUUUUGAUUGGGUGAUUACCAGACGGUAACAUGUGUAGUACGACUAGCAUCCAAUGAGAGUGCAGGUAGCCUGUAGCUGCGCCUGGCACUUUAAGCGCGGUCAGUUGCUGUUGAUCAGUCAACCUGUUCGGACGACUACUUGCUCAUUUUACGCAAAGUGCCUCGUGUGAUUUUUUGUUCGACCCUUGCUUUAUUAUGGACUUUGAUGGUGUUUUAUAUACGUUACUGGACUUUUGAUUUGUGUUAGUGAAUAUUUAUCUUGGAUCGGCGGUAUAAGGAUUCAUGCCAUGGGACGACCCAAAAAGGACGCAGUCUGGAAGCAUUAUCGAGUGUCAGAUGUCAAUAACUCGACCAUAUGUUCUUUUUGUGACCAUCUAUUUAAAAAGCCGAAUGUAAAUAGAAUGGAAAAUCAUUUAUUAAGGUGUUCAAAGUGUCCAGCAAAUGUGAAAAAUGAACUGCAAGUAAUGCCUACAACGUCUACUGUAAUCAACGCGGAUAGCAAUGAUAAUAAUUUAGAAGAUACUUCACGAAACAGUAGUACAAGUAGUGAAGAAAAUCAGCAAGAGAGGUUCUCCGCAGAAUAUAAGCAAGAGCUGAAUUCGGAUUUAGCAAAAGCUAUAUAUGUUACCGGUGCACCUCUUUCAAUGGUUGAGCAUCCGCUGUGGAUUAAGUUUUUUGAAAAACUUCAACCUUUAUACAAGAUGCCAACUAGAAAAACACUAUCAACGACGGAAUUAAACAAAAUGAACGCAGAUAUGCAUAAAGCGCUGAAUGAUGAGUUUGAAGCUCAAAACUUCCUACAUCUACAAUGUGAUGGCUGGAGCAAUGUGCGCAAUGCAGGAAUAAUAAAUUUUAUUAUUUCAAAGCCCGAGCCAGUCUUUGUCAAAAGUUUGGAUACGACUACUCAUCGUCACACAGGAGAAUAUUUGGCUGAUGAAAUAAUGACCAUUAUGACGGAAUAUGGGCCAAAUAAGUUCGUGGUCCUCGUUGGUGAUAAUGCCAAAAAUAUCCAAAAAGCUUUUAGAAUCGUCAAAACUGUUCACCCUCAUAUAAUAAAUAUAAACUGCUCUGCUCACACCCUUAACCUUUUGUGCCAAGAUAUUCUGGAGACGAACGUGCUGAAAGCUUUUAUUCAUUUGACUACGGAUUGCAUCAAGACUGUCAAAAGAAGUCAAACUUUAUCAGCUUUGCUAUCAAAAAUUGUUCAAGAAAAAGGGGUCGGCGAAACUCUAAAGCUGCCGUGUAAAACACGCUGGGGAAGUCACUGCGCAAGCUUAGAAAGUUUGCAAAAUACAAAAAUUGCCUUGCAAUCUUUUGCUGUUCACGAAGAGGCAAGUAACCUGAGUCUGGAUACAAAGGCAGCAUUUUUGGAUGAAGAUUUUUGGAAGAUGACAAACCAGUGCAUUACACUUCUAAAACCAAUUACGUCUGCAAUUUUCAAAUUUGAAUCGGACAAACAUAAUAUGCAUACUGUGUAUAUUACACUUCGCGAUAUGAAAUCGCAAAUUGAAUUCGCGAUGCUUGACAUUAAUAUUGUCGAGCAAGUUGAUAAGGAUGUAAUCCUAGCAGCUGUUGCAAGAAGAAUAGCUAUGUGCAUAAAGCCAAUUCAUUUAGCGGCAUAUUUACUUGAUCCGGUGUAUCAAGGUGCAGAACUAGAUGAAGCCCAGGAAACCGAGGCUACUGAGUUCAUUUACAAUAUGGGCACAAAUCUCAAUUGUGACAUAAUGUCGAAUCUAGCUGAAUACAGAGCCAAAGAAGGCUUGUGGAGCAAAAGCUUCGUGUGGAACCACGUGAACGGCAUGAACGCUGUGACGUGGUGGAAAGGUAUUUGCGGCUCCAAAAAACUGAGCAAAGUUGCCGUAAGAAUUUUGACGGCACCGUGCACGUCCGCAGCAGUGGAGCGCUCAUUUAGCGUGCACGCAAAUAUCCACACCAAAAAACGUAAUAGACUGACUUCAGAAAGGGCGAGUAAAAUUGCCUUUAUAUCAUACAACUGGAAUCUUCAGCAUCGUCAUUUAGAAGAGGACGACAGUGAUGAUGAUGAGAUUUCAAGGCGUCCUAGUACGGAAAGUCAAGAUAGUGACUAUAAUCAAGAUAGGGAGUUUAUUGACGUGAAUAAUUUGAGCGAAUAUGAUUUUUAAAGCGAUUCUUAAUGAUUAUUGAUUCGCGCAUUAAAGCGUUACUUAUGUUGAUUGUUAAAUAUAAUUUUAUUAGAUAUUAAGUUAACUGUUGAUUAUAGUUAAUAUAAAUAAAUGUUUAGAUGUAUAUUUAGUCUCGUUACCUUUUGCUGUAAAUAUGUUACAACUGCAAAAAUAAUAUAUACUGUUUAUAAU